AUGCCCCGCAAACGCUCCUACUUCGAUGGUCCCGGCCGCAUACUCGGCACUGGAGAACUCGUCGAGCCAAAAUGCAGCGUGAAAAAGAUGCAAGACGCAGGGUACAUCCCACCAAAAGACAUCAAGUCCGAUACGGAAGAUGGAAGUUAUGCAGAUGACGUCCAAGACCGUACCAAGGACGAGGAAUGGACGCCCAAGUCGAAGAAAAGGAAUAUGAAACAGGGCAAGGCCGAGGGAGACGAAGUCUGUCUUUUGGAGGAGUUGAACAAGAACGACGCCGCUGUUACGGAGGGCCAGGACGGAGGAGGACGUCACGAAUGCAGCUGUUCUGUCUGCAAGAAGCUGAGAGGUGAAGAGGAGGAUUAG